AUGUCUGUUGAUAAGUUUGAGAAUGAAGAUGUGCUUGCUUUACUUGCGGAAUUUUUCGGCCGUCUAUCUAAGCCGUUGCUGCAAGCCGGGGGCCACGGCACUUGUAUUUGCCAGUGCCAGAGCGCAAAAAUCGUGACGAGGAAGACCAUUCCCAUGCAAGUGGACGGAGAGGCGUGUCGUGUGAAACCCUCAAUUAUCCACCUGUCCGUUCUCAACAAAGCCCACGUCGUCACCAAGCGUCGCGGGCGCACCUCGCAUCCCGACGGGGAGUGUUUGCAGCCGGCGGAGAAGCACACGCAGGACGACGCCGCCGUGUGGGUGCCGCAAAGCAACGGCAGCGGCGGGUGCGUGGUGUGUCGGCGGCGCGGGUCGGAGCAGACGCCGUCGCCGUCGGCCCCGCUCGGCGGCCGCACCGCCCGACCGCCCUUUUGCAAGAUCUGCGAACGCUCCAACUCGGACUCGGCCGUGUUCCGGUCCAUGCGCGACCAGCGUCGCCGCAUGCAGCUCGAGUCGGACACGGCGUCCGAGCUGGACGUGUGCGACUCGGACGGCGACGUGCUCGACCAUCGCCCGCACCCGCCGCCCUCUGGCACCACCUCCACCACACCCACCACCACUACCACUUCCUCCUCUUCCUCUUCGUCGGUGCUUGUGGCACAAAUGACUCCUCCUGCGCAUUCUACCCCUCUUCCUUCUCCUCCUCCUCCUCCUCCUCCUCCUGCCCCUGCGUCCCCCGUGUCGCCCCCACAACCGCCUGCUGGAGGCGGCGGAGACGAGCGUCGCAGUCAGACGCCUUGAUGAACAUCUCGAGCCCUCGUCCGAUCCCCGAGCCAAGUGAUCGAGUUUAUUCCGCCCGCCCGCCGGGAAACGCGCAAAAAUCGUGUAUCUUCCCGAUUCACAUCCAUUUGCGAGAAACGGGAAAAGUCUAUCGAAGAGAGUGUUUUCGUUUCCUUUUUUUUAAAAUUUUAUUUUGUCCUUUGGUUGAUUGCUUGCGCUACCACCGACGUCGAUCCUCCUCCAUUCCAAGUUACCGUGUAAUGUGGUUGUGCGGGAGUUCGGGAAUCAAAGUUUUCUAAUUCGAAAUUCCCGCGUAAACUCAAGGCUGUCACCACGAAACCCUUUGUUCAAUCAUUUUUAAAUUUACGUGUAACUGUUUGCUUGCCUUUCCGCUUUCUCUAAUAACAAAAGAACUUCUUGAGCCCGAGGAAUAUUGAUCUUCUCGGGGCAAUAUAAUGUAGCAGAACCUGUGUUCGAACAACGAAUUUACCGACGAAUCACGGAAGCUUGUGUUGGGUUAUUUGUUCAUUUGAAGUACCGAUUUUUGUUGUCGAGUGAGAAUUCAGUUAAUGAAAUUUUAUUGGAUUUCAAAGCUUGACUGAUCUGUCAUUCGUACUUGUUCCUAUUCCGAUUUACCGGUACAGUACUACUUUUCCGAAUUCUGAAUGUUCGAGUUUUUUGUGAGAGCGCUAGGAGAGAAAAAACAGUGAAUGCGAGUGAAAUCCCCCGAGUUAUGUGGAAGCGUCCAUUUUCGAUGAAAUUGAUCAAGUUUCAUCCCGCAUUUCCAUCCUACGAUGGCCCAGACACACAAUAAAUAUUUUGUUCUCAAAA